CAUUCCCGUCGCUCCAAUCAGCUGUGAGGGUAUUUGGACUCCGCCACAACAAAACAGGCGUCGGGAAAAUCUCUUGAAACAUUUCUAUUUGGUUAAGGUGCAUUUAAUGAGAAGCUUUUUAAAAAUAGUUUGUAACUGUAUUUUAAGUUUUUUUGUUUUAAAUGAGGGACUUUUGUUUGAAAUUUCCAUUCUCGCUGAGGCGAUUCGAGGGCUCGGUAACAACAGCAGCCACUAGUAGCAAACGUUAGCAUCUCAGAUGAAAGCUGUCCGGAUAGAAAGUUGACUUUCGAAGAAAUUUUCAGGACUUUAAUGUCAUUUAGAGGAAUUACUGGACAUUUAUAGGCGUCUGGGUAUACAUUGGUAACGAAGUCAACUUCCUGAAUCUGAUGUAUUUACAUUUCUUGGCUGCUUUCCGUCAAAUUCAAGCUAGCAAAGCAAAAGUAGCUUAGCAGGAACGUGAACGACAACAGCCACCAAACUGGAACAUACUUUGGAUUUAGUUGGGUUCAAAUCGGGUUCGGCGGGUUCGCUGACCCCCCAGAAAAAGAUGAAAAAGAGGAAGGAGCUGAACGCCUUGAUCGGACUCGGGGACAGUAAGAGAAAGAAGACCAAAAAGGGGUCCGGGCACAGACUUCUUCGAACCGAACCACCGGGCUCAGAGUCCGACUCGAGCUCAGAGGACGACUUCAAUAACCUAAACAACGGAUCUAACUUUGGGAAGAGAAACUACACGCAGUGCUGCAACGUGUGCUACCCUUUGUUUCUGUUCAUCAUCCUUGCUGCUUGUGUCAUGGCGUGCGCUGGGCUCAUAUGGAUGCAGAUUGCGUUGAAAGAAGAUCUGGACUCCAUGAAAGAAAAGCUGCACAGCAUGGAAUCCACCCAGAAAUUAUCCUCAAGUGAAAUACUCAAACUAAACGAGGACCUGAAGAACAAAGAAAAAAAACUGGAAAGCCUGGAGAACGGGGACAGUGGGUUAAACAAGGUGUGGUCGAACCUGACAGAAAUGAACCGAAAGAUCAGUUUGCUGGACUCUGCCGUUUCCCAUUUGAAGGCCAACCUGAAAUCCGCUGCUGAUUUAAUCAGCCUUCCCACAACCGUGGAGGAGCUUCAGAAGAGCGUUGCAACAAUUGGCAGCACACUGACGAGUGUGCAGCACGAUGUGAAGACCAUGCAGACCGCUCUUGAAAGUCAGAAGAACGAGGACAACGUGAAGAAGACUGUGGACAUAACGGACCUUAGAAAAGUCAUGACGGAAGUUAACAAGACGGAGGAGAAGCACCACACUUGGACUGAUGAGCAGAUCCACAUCCUCCUCUCCACCGUGGCAGAACUUCACCAGAGAGUGGCUUUUCUGGAGAACGGCUCCAAACAUGGAGAGCAGAAUAAUGGAACAGAAGCUUCACCAGAAUUUAGAAAACCUCCAGAGACUCUUACAACUGAAGCAUCUCCUGAGAUCACUUCACCACAGCCCAAGACGAGCAGACGCCCUCGCUUUUUAACUUCCAACCGACAUAAGAGGAACGUCGGCAUCAAAUGUUCAAGGAGGGUUUUCCUGGAAGGUGUCAGUUCUCUGAAAGAACUAGAAGACAUCUUUGAGCGAGCCGUUGCCGAGCGUCACUCUCCUGGACUGACCUACAGCGACCUGAAGGAAGUGUUUAAGACGUCGGCGCCCAGCCAACGCACCAUGGAGUGCUUCGAUAGCAACGGGGACCGCAUGUACUCCCUGACAGAGCUGAGAGUGGCAGUGGGUUUUUAAGCACACGCUCCAUCAUGAACAGUAUUGAAUGCCCAGCAGGGUCUGGAGGUCUGCAGUUCUCAGUCUGUUUCUGAAAUUGCUGCAAUUUUUGUGAAUUGGAUUUUUGUCACUCUGUAUAUGGAGAGGAAAGCAGAGCUGGUCUGCUCAGUCUCUCCAUCCGAAGUUCCAUUUUACCUUUACAUCAGCCAUAAAACAUUACCAACAAUUUAACUGUAGUGUUAAUACCUUCUUAUUUAAUCUACUUCUGCUUAUUUUAAUGGAGUCUCUUUCUCAGUGUCAGACUUUUCUCCAUGUACGUUGUGUUUUGGUCAUCUUAAUGUCAUGAUUUUGUGUUUUCUGUAGUAGGAUAGAGCCGUCCAUUUAUUGAGACGCUCCUCACUUGAUCACACAACUGUGGUACCACUCACCUGAACCUUUAGAUCUGUAUUCUGAAUGUUUACAAAUGACUACUAGAAACCGUUUUUGUCAAACCUCGGUUGUUUUUAUACUUUUUCCUCGUUCAUCUUUAAAGAGAAUAGAAACUUUUCUGCUCUAAACUUGAAGAUGCGAUUUCCUAAAUUAUGUUAAGCUGCAACUGGGAUCAAAUAUUUAGUCUUUUUUUUCCUGUUUCAUAUUUGAAGGGCUAUCUUUGAUCUUUGAGGUGGAUACCUGGGAGGCAGAUUAAGCAAUAAUAAUGUAGUUUAGGCAGAAAGCACACCUAACUUGCAGGAACAGGUAGAAGAAGCACUGACCAUCACCUUGAUUUAUUUUAGCCGCCUCACAGGCGUUUGAAUAAAAACUAUUCUGGUUCGUUUGAGCUUUGUAAAAAAUGUAUAUUCACUUGUAAAAUGAGUUUUAAUCAUUUGUAUUUUACUUUGCAUGUGAACCUUUUGGAAAUUUUGAAGUGUAAUGGACUUUUGCCAUGAUAACUGAUGAGUUGAUGCUGCUACUGUACAUGGGAGAUUUUAUGAAUUGUUUUGUGUUUGAGCACCAAUAAAAGACAGUUAAGGGUU